AUGUUCAAGAAAGAUCCUCACGUCAAGGCUCUCAGUAAUCUGAAGAAUUCUGAGGCCAAGAAAUUACUGGCUACUUGCAGAGCCCAAACUGGUAACCAAGAGUACUCUUUUCCUACAGGUGUUAUUAAACAGACAAACUUCCAAGCCCAAAGUGGUAUAGGGACGGUCUAUACAGAUGCCGAUAACAAGCCCAUUUGGUUCAAGGAAAAGCAUGGGAAUCUACUUUAUCCAACCGUAUUUGCAUGUUGGUCACAUCCCGGUUUACUUCCUGUAGUCUUGACCCAUGGAUUCGUUGUCGAGGAGCGAUUGUUUAACGGUGCCAAUUUAAUGUUAGCAGGUACUGUACUGCCUUUUGACUCACGUUUAAAGCCCGGUACUGUCUGUGGUAUUGCUAGUAAAAAUGCUCCCGAUGUAGUUAUGGCAGUUGGUGUGGUUCAGUUGGAUUUACCAUCUUAUGAUUCAGUCCUCGGUAAAACUGGUGUGGCAGUUCAACUAGUACACUACUUACCAGACGGGCUUUCUAAAGUCUUCAAGGUUAAUGCAGAACCACCGGUUUCCCUCGAGGAUAGCGAUGAAGAAGAAGAAGAAGAGGAAGAAGUAUUAGAAGAAUCAGCACAACAACCAUCUUCACAGGAAAUUCCAUCACAGGAAAAGGCCGUAGAUAUCGAUGAUAUUGCAGAAGUACUUGAUGAAUUUAGACUAGAGGAUGUGGAUCAAUUUUUGACUAGAGCACUAUACUAUACUUUGACCCACGAUACAAAAUUAGAACUACCAAUUUCUGCAUCUAAUUUUAUUUCAAACCACAUCAAUCACAACUUGCCCUCAGUGGACCACGAAAAGGUUAACGUGAAGAAGAGUUCUUGGAAGAAAACUGCCAAAUUUCUCAAGAAUUUUGAAAAAGAAGGGUUCCUCAAAUUGAAAGGUAAAGGUGAUGACUUAACCAUUAUAGGUAUCAACAAGCAGAAACCAGAACUACAAAAUUUCCAACCAUAUCAAAUCAGCGGUGGUAGUGGUGGCGGCGGUAAUUCAUCCUCCAAUAAUAACAAGAAGGAUGGAUCACCUCAGUUACGUUGUGAAACCCUUUACAAACCUAUAAAUUUGGCCAAAGAUUUUAUUCAACAGACAGACUUAAAUCCACAAGAUAUCCUUUACACUGCACAAGAAUUGAAAAAUGCGCUUAACGAUUAUAUCGCAUCGAACAAUUUGGCUGAUUCAAAGAAUAAAAAGAUGGUCAUCCUCGAUGACUUACUUUACCAUCUAGUCAACAAAAAACAGAAGGACACAACUGCUCCUCGCUUGGUUUCAAGGGCAACAAUUAUAGAACCGCUUUUGGCCAACAGUUUCACACCACAUUUCCAAAUAUACAAAGGUGAUAUUCCUCUUUUCAAAAAUCCAUCUAGAGGUAAUUUACCUAACAUUGAAAUAGUCACUGAAAUGAAAAUUGGACGUAAAGUGAUUACAAGAGUCUCAAGAUUUGAAAUUUUCCACAUUGAUGAAGAUGAGUUAGCAGCUACACUGCGUAGACUCUGCAGUGGUUCUACAACUAUCGGUGAAACCAUGACUUCCCCCAAGUAUAAGGAAGUCACGGUUCAAGGGCCUCACGGACCUUUGAUUAUCGACCAUUUGAACUCAUUAGGGAUCCCCACUAAAUGGAUCAAAUUCGAUAACAAGCUGAAGAAGAAGAAGAAAGCUGGUGGUAAAUAG